AUGUUACUACCUAAAAGACUAUUGCGACUGCUAAUCUAUUUGAUAUUUUUUUUAACGGUCUCUCUAUUUUUGUUAUUACUUGCAAACAAACAUCAAAUCAUUGAGAUCAAUAAAUAUAUUCCGUUUGAUAUAUUUGGUACUGCAGCGCCAUUAUUUUUCCAACCACCUUCUGAUCUGUUUAUUGUGGAUAUAUCAUUUGAUAAUUGUUUCAAGUUUAGUUUUAAUAAUAAGAGAUGUGGAUUACCUGAUAUCAACAAAGGAUUGUUGGGUGACAAAGCACAAUGGUAUCGAUUAAGAAAAGAUAUAUGUCUAGGAUCUUCAUGGAGUAAAAAACAAUACUUGAAUUAUAAAAAAAUAAAGCAUGAUAAGUAUGAAGAGUAUUUAUCAGCGGGAAAGAAGAAUAAUAAAAAUGUUGUUGACGAAGUCAUUAUAGAUAUUGCAGUUGCUGAUCCCGUUAAUGACGUGAAAAUAAAGGGAAACGAAAAAUUGAAAUUACCUAAACACAUUAUUCAAACUUUUCAUAACAAACAGGUGUAUGAUGAUGAUACCCAUGCAAGUUUCACGGAACAAAAUACCAACAAUAUAGUAAAUGCUGCUCCAGUAGAUGAUCAAAUACAGGCAGAAUUGGAGUCUGAGGGCAAUAAGGAUGUCGCAACUGCAGAAGAAAACCGAAAAGAAGAGGAGAGUAAGAAAGAACAAGAUGACGAAAGAAAGGAUGCAGCACAAGAAGAUGCAAAGGAGAAGGGGAAAGAAGCAGAGAAAUUGAAACAAUCAUCCGAACAAAAUGACAAUGAUCAACCCAAAGACUUUGAGGAAGAAAUUAAGCCUGAAUCCCCAAAAGACGAGAAGAAAGAUAAACGAGAAAUUGUCACCAACAGAAAUGAUUUGAAUAGAGUACUUUACGUUCCAAAAAUGGAAGCCGUUUUGAAAAGUGGGUGGAGAUACAAAUCCAAUGGUAUCUGGUUAAAAUAUGGUCCACAUAGCAGCAAGAAUGCGGUGUCGGCCAUUGAUUUAUUAUUUGGGUAUGAAACAGUUGAUCCUAGACCAAAUUGGAAUUUAAUCAAAACCCCAAUCAUCGGUGUUUCCAAUCCAUCAGACUUGCCGGCAUACAUCACAUUCAGAAGAGGACCCAAAAUUGAUUACAAGAAAGAGAUUGGAACAACAUUGACAAUGAACUCAGAAGACAAAUUUAAGAUUCUUCAAAUUGCUGAUUUACAUUUUUCAACUGGUUAUGGUAAAUGUUUAGAUCCACAACCUCCAUCUUCAGCAAAGGGUUGCAAAGCCGACUCUAGAACGUUGGAAUUUAUUAAUAAAGUAUUGGAUUUGGAGAAACCUGACAUGGUGGUUUUGACUGGGGAUCAGAUAUUUGGCGAUGCAUCGCCAGAUCUGGAAUCGUCUGCAUUCAAGGCAUUAAACCCUUUUGUAGAAAGGAAAAUUCCAUUUGCAAUUACUGUUGGGAAUCAUGAUGACGAAGGGUCAUUGAAAAGAGAGGAGAUUAUGGGUCUUUAUGCUGAUAUGCCGUACUCAGUUGCAGCCAUGGGUCCAGCCUCAAUUGACGGAUUUGGAAACUAUGUGGUAACAGUACAAGGAAAAUCAUCCAAAGCCACAGCAUUAUCUUUAUAUUUUGUUGAUUCUCAUGCGUAUUCCAAAACCCCGAAAGUUACACCAGGUUAUGAUUGGAUCAAAGAAAACCAAUUAAUUUAUUUGAAGCAAGAAGCUGAAUCAAUCCAGAAUAGUGUAGAAAAAUAUAGAAAAAGCAACAAAAUCCCAUUGGCAAUGGCAUUCUUCCACAUUCCAUUACCAGAAUUUAGAAACUUGAAUCAACCUUUUAUUGGAGAAAACCGUGAAGGUGUUACUGCUCCACGUUAUAAUUCAGGAGCUAGACAAGUGUUAAGUGAGAUUGGUGUAAGUGUAGCUAGUGUUGGUCAUGAUCAUUGUAAUGAUUAUUGUUUGCAAGAUACGCAACAAUCUCUGUCUCCCGGAGAUAACAAAAUGUGGUUAUGUUUUGGUGGAGGAGCAGGAUUGGGUGGAUAUGGUGGAUACAAUGGAUACAUUAGAAGAAUGAGAGUUUAUGAACUAGACACCAGUAAAGGAGAGAUUAAAACUUGGAAACGCACUGAGGACAAUCCCGGUAAUAUCAUCGAUGAACAGGUAUUAGUAUCAAACGGUGACGUGGUUAAUUGGUAG